CUAUGAACCCGUUAUUCUUUCAAGUAGUGAUAAAUUCUCCUGUAAAUACAAAUGUAAUUUUUUAUGUGAUUAUUGGUCAACUCACCCAGUGUUUUCACUACUUCUCGAGCUACUCUGACCUCAAUUUUUAAAUCUAAUUAAGUAAAACAAUCGACGAGAUAACAUGCAACAAUGAAGAUCAACGAAGUUUUUGGAAUUUGUAUUGCUUGGUUGUAUAUUGGGGGGGUUUGCACGACUCAUUUAUUGAUAAAUGUCAAAAAUCAAGGUGGUGAUAUAUUUCUUGAAACAAUCACUUCAAAUGUCACUGAAGACAUGAUUACCCUGGAGUUUCAAAGAUCUGAUGGAACACUCGUGACACAAUUAAUGGACUUCAGAAAUGAAGUUCAGGUGAUGAAAGCUCUAGUCCUGGGUGAGGAGGAACGAGGACAGAAUCAGUACCAAGUCAUGUGUUUUGUGAAUCAUUUUUAUAAAAUGGAUUUUAUAUCGUCCGAUGCAAUGGCCAAAUUGAGACAAAAAAAUCCAGGCACAAUCAGGGUUGCUGAUGAGGACAGAGGGUAUACAAAUUACACUAUGGACUUAUUUUUAGACGUUUCCAAAUCCAAAAUCAUCUCUAAACAUAUUGCCACGCUGUGUACUGAAGCAGCUGACUCCACGUAUACGAGGAGAGAGGAUCUGAAGCAAUGGAUUCAGAGACCAGGUACAUCUGAAUCGCUGCUAAUGGCAGCAGUACGAAAUUUCACGUUAUCACCAGCCCCAUCCCAAGGAACAAAUACAACGAGAUCACCAGCAGUAACGAAAUGUGCUGACACAUCGAAUUUAUGGGUCUCGUGUUCGUGCUCCCUAGAGUUGUGCAUUGGCUGGUACCCAUGUGGUUUGAAAUUCUGCAAAGGUAAAAGUGAUGGAAAAAAGUUACCAGCAACCUACAGGUGUGGUAUAAAGACCUGUAAAAAAUAUUUCAUAUUUUCUUACUACUCAAAAAUGAAACAAAACUGCAUGUGGGAUGAAUGACAUUUACGUUCGCGUUAGAGAUAAAUAGCAACAAAAUGCUCUCUUACGCGGAUAUACAUUUGUACGCAACGCCCGCCAUAAAAAAAAACAAAUUGGUGAUAUAUUUGCAAUCAUUUUCAUAUCUCAAAAAUCGUGUUUUGUUCAAUCGAUUAGGCAUAUCAAGAUUUUUACACUCGAUUUUUAGCUUUAACUCGUAUUAUUGUUAAUUGUUUCAAUUGAAUUUGUCAAUUGGUUGAUGAGAUAUAGAUCUCCGACCACGAAAUGAUCCGGAUUGUCCCUUUCAAUCUCCAAUGCUCUUUAUUGGAGAUGUGAUACACCAGAUGUCUGUCAAUUCCAAAAUUUCCACCGAAUUUAGGCUCAUAAUAAUGAAUGUUCAGCUACUCGGUGAACAGCGAAGAAAGUAUAAUGCGAUUUAUCUCGCAUUUAUUUCAAUUCAAUUUAUAUAAAUGUAAUAAUUGUUUUUUCUCUGUCCUUUGAUUAGAAAACCAUUCAUGAAAGACUGUUAAAUCUGUCCAUUUGAUAUGUAAAUUUACCACAAUUAGAGUUAGAUGGAACACAGUACACAAUCAAAUUUGAAAAUUCAAAAUGGGAAAUCGUUUCGUUGACAAUAAUGCUAUAAAAACUCGAUAUUAUUCGUCCGAAAAUAUGGAUAAACCGGUGAAUGAACAAAUUUAAAAAUAUUCAGGAGAUCCGACAAAAUUAAAGUAUGUGUGACUGUAAAUAGAAAUUGUAAAUAAGUGUAAUUACAUUGUAAAUUGCAAGGAUCACUUUAUCCCAGUAGCCAUCGGCUCUUUCCAAUCGAAAUUAUUUAAUUUAUUACAUUUGUACAUUCAUCACUGAGGUGAUAAAAAUCAAUGUCAAAUUUUGGGGAAUCACUUUAUGUUGAAGAAAUCGAAGAAUUUGUUAUUAUUUUAUACAUUUAAUUGAUGUAGAUUUACGUGCGAUAUACGUGGAAAUUAGAAAUGAACAAGGGGGAAUUUAAUUGCACUACCAAUAUGUCCCGAUGAUGUCUAUUUAUAGUAAUGCAUCUCUCUCGUCAUUUAAAGUCAAAUUUUAAUCCAUAUACUUCACUCAGUGUUUUUAUCGAGAGAUAUCACUUUUUUCAAAUGUUUGCCAACCGUGCAAUUAAUUUUUAAUUGCAUUUUUUUCUAUUAUUCAGAAACCAAUUACAGGAAUCCAUUUUCAUCUAUUUCAUUAAAAUUCCAUCAAUUUUAGAUUGUGAAAAAGGUAAAUUAUACUUUUACAGUUUUUUUAUUGAAAAACAUUUUAAUUCCGUCAAACAGAAGAUAUUUUAAUUUCCGGAAGGGAAAAAUGAAAUAGAGAGAGAGAGCAGCUGACAACUUUAACGUCUGGUCUUUUAGGUAACUAAUAUAAAUAUUCACUUCCUCACUUUUGUUAUUUGUUGUCUGUCAGAAUUAAAGUCCAUAUUUGACUGCUCAGAACGAACCAAUAUUUAAUUAUGAAGGAGAAAGGGAAUUAUAAUCAUUUGAUUGUUCGCUAAUCCAUUCGAGAAAACGGUAUAAAAUAAUAUUUGAAGGAAUCAAUAUCUGGUAUUUGCACCUGAUAUUUUUUAGUUGUUAUCAUUCAACGACAAACCAGUGAAUUUCAUGAGAUGAAAAAAAUGAAAUUGACUCUGCUCAUGACGAAAACAAAAGACAAUUAUUUAAAUAAAAAGUGGGUAAUUUUCAUCUUUUUUUUCUUGUCAUUUUUAACCUGUGAUAAAUUAACUUUUAAUUCUUGGUAUCAAUUUUUUCUUACUAUUCAACUGUAACAAGGAAAAACGAUGUGAAUGAUAUGAAGACGGAACCAACAAAUAUGAAACAUUCGACUGAAAUCUUUCCAAUUUUAAUUAUUGAGAGAACGUAGGUAGCUAAACAAUUUUAAAUUUAGGACUCGACACAAAUCAUACGUACGUUUCUUUUAUUUAGACGUAAUUUUUAGGACCAUUUGUAAUUGAGUUUUUUCAUUUUGUAACCCCAGAAUGAAUUCCAAUAUGAAAGGUAUUGAACCGCUAAAAAAAAUCCUGUGCUUUUUGGAAAACUACUGAAUUCAUUGAGAAAAAUGAAACGAAACUGAGUCCGUUUGUAACGAAUGUCAACGAACAUCGUCGAACCAAACAUUGCAGAAACAUUAAUUUUUCCAUUUUUAUUAGUUCUAACUUUUGAUAAGCUUCAUUUAUGGCAAAAGAAGUCGAAGAAAAUGAUAUGAUUGUCAACUAAUUUCAACAAAGACAUGCAGUGAAAAGAAUUACAGUCUAAUCAAUACAAAAUACUGUUCGUAUCUGAUAUUUCUCAAUUUUCCAAAUUUAUAUUCUACGGAAAUCUCAGAUAGGAUUAUUGAACGACAUUUUCAUAUAGAACGAAAAAUUCUAUUCUUGAUGUGCGACCGAUACCAUACGCAUUACGUUCUCCUGGUUAAAGUUGACCUUUUAAACCACUGUAUUUCAUAAAAUUGAAUUCCAUUAAUAGAAUUUUUCAUUUUGUUACCCCUGAAUGAAUUUUAACAUUGAUUAUAUUGCAAAGUUGAGAAAAAAUAAUGUAAUUGUUGAACAACCACGAAAUUCAUUGAGAACGAAAUGAAAUUUAGCCUGCUCAUGAUGAAUAUAAGAAAAAAUUGUUCAAACACUGAAAGAAUAGUAAUAAUUACUGGGGUAAUAGCCUCCGAAAUUGUGAAAAAUCGAGCAAUUCGUCACCACCACAUAAUGAACAAAAAUCAAUUGCUGUAAUAUACCACCUAAGACCUUUUUGCUUUACACACCUAAUUAAACCAUAUACAUAUUUUUAUAAAUAUUUAAUAAAGACAAAAAACCAUUGACACCAA